AUGGCACCUGAAGGACCCCCUGGCGCCUCAGAGCCUCCAUCCACCGCGACAAAACGACCCAGGCCUGUCAUCUCAUGUCUAGAGUGUCGCCGAAAGAAGUUGAAAUGUGAUCGCGCUUACCCUUGUCAGCAAUGUGUCAAGAUUGGUCGCCCAGGUCGCUGUCAAUACCAACGAGGUUCUGAGCCUGAAACUAACGGCUCUCAUUUUACUGAAGCUCAUCCAAAACGACCGCGUCUUGACUUCAGCGAUAUCGCCAAACCUCAAGAAUCGACCUCAACCCCCAAGCCAGUCUCAAACGAGAUCGUUGUUCAGUCAAAACCCGGUAUCAUCGAAGAUCUCCAGGACAGAGUGGCGAGGCUGGAGAAGGCUUUGAUCUCUCAAAAUGAAGAAUCAGCAGCCUCGUCUAAGGCUACCAGGAACUCGGGCGUCGAUCAUGGUCGGGAUAUCGUGGUCAACAACUUGACCAAGCCAAUGUUUCCGACUGCUUGUUCGUUCAUGAAACUUCUCGAUGCGGACACCACCAAUGACCAAAUUGUCGGUCUCCGAACAGAUCUUAGAAGGAUCCAUUAUACCAUUGAAGCGCAUGAGCUACGAACAACGCAACAAGCCCAGCUCAUGCCAACAAUGACUUUUUCCCUGCAAGACCUACCCCCCGAAAACGUGUGUGCAUCUCUCACCGAGUUGUACUUUGACAAUCUGGAACACUGCUUCCGAAUCCUACACGGACCCGACUUCCAACGCCAAUUGAAAAUCCUCUUCACUGAUGGUCAAGGUCCUACAGCCUGCAGUUUCGCCUUUCUCCCGCAGCUGGUAGGAGUUCUGGCCAUGGGUGCCAUGCUGGGAACCCACACAGAAUGUCACCUCGCCUUGUCAUAUCCCUUAGUUCAGCAACACGUGGCUCUCAAAUUCAUGAACGACUUCAUCGCCGGGCUCAACGGGACACAGAUAUGUCUACUCCCCUCCUUACAAGUCAAGAUGUUGGCCCUCAUACUCGGCUGGCUGGCCCUCCAACCUCUAGGCGAUGUAUUCCGCGACCACGGCCACAUUCUUCGAGACGCGCUGAUUAUGCGAAUGGAUCGUGAUCCCAGCACUCUACCAGAACUCAGUAUCUACCAAGGAGAAAUGCGUCGACGCAUAUGGAUGACCAUUGCCGAGGUUGAUCUCAUGUUAUCCAUCCUAUGCAAACUCCCCUGCAUGAUCCCACAAUACACAUGCCGACCACCACAGAACGUCAACGACGACGAACUCUUCGAAGGCAUGGACCAACUUCCCCAGUCUCGACCAAUGGAACAAUGGACCGAUGGUCUAUGUCAAUAUGUCCUCGCACGCUCCUACGCGCGCCGACUAGCGGCAUGCAAACAACUCGAAGCAGGAGACACUCCCAUCAAAUCAGACGACGUGCUACAACAUAUCGCAUACCUAGAAAAGGAACUCCAGGACCUGCCGCCACCUUUACGAUUCUCAUUCGACGGCGACGAAGACAGCAAGACGCCGCCCCGACUCAUGGCGAGAAUGGAACUCGACAUCUCCAUCCGUCGACCCCUGAUGCAUUUAUAUUCAAGUCUCGCAGCCGCCCAAAACCCGGAUAUCAUCCGUCCUGAAACUCGAGCCGGCUUCAUCCAAUCUUGUCUGAUGCUCAGUGUCUUUCAGGAUUUGUUCGAUCCCGAGUUCUCAGAGAUCAACGUGCCCCGUCCAGAAGGAUACUGGGAUUUCUUCUACAAUGUCUAUCGCCAUGAGUUGGGCUCUGCUAUUCUCGGUCUAUGUUCCGAGAUCCGACAUUUGCAUCGUCUCCAAUCCUCGCUGUCUAUCAGCUCAAGUCCCACUCCUAGCCCACAGGGUGGCGGCUUGUCUUCUACCACUUACAACGCCAGCGCCAACGCCAACGCCCCCGCUAGCCGCGUUGCAAUCCCCGCUGGGAACGCACACCACAGCAAUAGCUCAACACCUACAUUCAGACCUCCGACAUACACACUAGCUGGCAUGAUUGCCAGUGUUAUCGAAACCCUCGAACCAAUGGUCCGGCGCCUGUUAUAUCCACACGCUAAAUUCAAGGAUCUAGUCUACUACACAAUCGUCCUGUUUUCGAUUCGUCCUGGUCCGGCGGGGGAGGUUGCGGAACCAGAAGAAGGAGAUGCAAAUGGAAAUGCAGGAGGGGGAAAUGGUGGUUAUGAUGUCCAAGCCGCCAUCAUCAAUGCUCUGCGAAAGUUGGUUGAAGACUGUCAUGCUCAUCUUCAGGGAAAAGGGAUUCAGAUCCUGCAGACUCAGCCGGGAAAUAUAGUAGGGUCAGCGGAUUAUAGGAUUCCUCCGGGUUGUGGGCCGGCGAUUGGUGCUAGGUUCGAUCCUUGUUGGCUUGGGUUUCCAGAUUUGGAUAUCUUCGAGUUUGCUUGAUUCCAUCACUGGACGAAGACAUACGGACAUAUUGAAAAAAGAAUGUGCGACUUGGACUAGGCACAAAGUCGGACCCUGUACCACUCAGCCUCGGACACGCGUUGAACUGUUGAUCGUUAAUAUCACUAGUUUGAAUGCGCCCUUUGGUUCUCUAUAUACACCAAGCUCGGUCUCUCCACGACUACCUAGCUCCAGUCAUGUUACUC